CUCCCUCUGUUUCUGGGUGGAUGCAUGGUCAUGACUUUUUGGAAAAGGUAUCGUAAAUCUUUUAUGAGAUACACGGGUGCAAGCAAGCAAAAGGGAAGUGCAUCCAAUCUGAGAGGGCGAACGUGUGGUCCUGUGAUGUAAGAAGCAAUUGUCAUUGAUGUAAAUGUCAUGGUUUUCACGUUUACAGAAGGUUCCCCACUAUCUCUGUUGCGCAGACUCAUCGUCUUGAGUCAUGGCUUUUGGAAAGGUGACAAUAGCCUUUAUGUGAGAGUUGGGUAUGACACAGAAAUGCACCCAAAUCGGCAUAGAACUUUUCCACGCUGUUGCCAAUGUUCUGAUGGCGUUGUGGCUGCAGGGUUUGUGUUGGUGUCGAUCGGCAGCCCACGAUGUAAACGGAAAGACCUAAGUAACGACGACGACUAUUGUAUUGACAUUUUGCAAGGAAUGAAUAGACGAAAGUAAUGUCCCCUAAACAUAUUCUGAUUUGUUGAGGCAAUUAGAAUCAAAUCUCUGUGUCCUAAACGGAUUUGUUGGAAUCGUUUUAAUAAUCUUUACCGUACGUUGUUUUGUCCUCGGUCUCCACCGUCUCCCAUCUCUCCCCGAGUGUCUGUAUUCUCCCUCUGCGUAUAUAAAAGGCUUGUUUUCCCUCUCCUGGUCUCUGUGGUGAUGAUCCUACAGUCCGGCCUUGUCUCCCAAACCCUUUAUUCCUCUCCUUCUUUCCAACCCUUCCAUUACCACUUCCAGUCCCAUUCCAUUCCCACCACCUCUCUCUCAUUCACCGAACCCCCCAAUCUUCGUUUUCCUCUAUCUCUAUCGUGCCACCCGUCGCAAUGGCCUCCAACUCCAGCCUCUCCAAUGGCGUCGCCAGUGCGGUUCAACAACUAGACUUUCAAGGUUUCGAGAUUGAUCGCUUUUCCGAGGUCGCGAACAAGGUCGCCGACGCCGCCGGAGAAGUCAUUCGGAAGUACUUCCGUAAGAAAUUCGAGAUUCUCGACAAGGAGGAUCUGAGUCCUGUAACAAUUGCCGAUCAAGCAGCAGAGGAAUCCAUGGUUUCAGUUAUACUAGAGAGUUUUCCUUCUCAUGCAAUUUAUGGAGAGGAGAAUGGAUGGAGGGGCAAAGAGAAGUUUGCCGAAUAUGUUUGGGUUUUAGAUCCAAUAGAUGGGACAAAGAGUUUCAUCACUGGAAAACCCUUGUUUGGUACCCUCAUUGCACUGCUAUACAUGGGUACACCAAUUCAUGGCAUAAUCGAUCAGCCUGUUCUGGGAGAAAGAUGGAUUGGGAGAAGUGGAAGGAAAACAACACUAAAUGGACAAGAAGUGUCUACCCGCUCUUGUGCAAAACUGUCACAAGCCUACUUGUACACUACAAGUCCACAUCUGUUCAGCGGAGAUGCAGAAGAAGCAUUUGGUCGUGUUAGAAACAAGGUUAAAGUGCCAUUGUAUGGCUGUGACUGCUAUGCUUAUGCUCUUUUGGCCUCUGGUUUUGUGGAUCUAGUUGUAGAGUCUGGUCUAAAGCCAUAUGAUUUUCUUUCACUGGUACCCGUUAUAGAAGGUGCCGGGGGCGUUAUAACUGAUUGGAAAGGAAACCAGCUUCAGUGGGAGGCUUCUCCAGAUUCAUGUCCAAAAAGUUUUAACGUAGUGGCAGCUGGGGACAAACAGAUUCACCAAGAAGCCCUAGAUUCAUUACAAUGGCAGUGAAGAUUAGCAUCGAACUGAAAUAUGCAAAAGACUGCCAUUCCUAGCUCGAGUCCUUUCAUUGCAUGGGUUCAGAUAUUGAUAUUAGGAAAAAGUACUUAGUAUAUGUAGAUGGACGAAUAAUAUUUAAAAAGAAAAAGAAAAAGACCACAUAGGAAGAACUGCAUUUUUCAUUUUCUACUUUCAUGUGCACAAUGAAAAGCAAUAUGUUCAGGGUAAUUUUCAAUGUAUCAUACAUUGAAUUUCAUAAGCCAGAUCCUCCCCCUACCUUAAUUUUGUUGGCUUUCAAGAAAUCCAAUAAUUACACCGGAGGUACUUUGUAAUUUGAAGGUGUCCAUAAAGAACGGUGCAAUUAAUACAGUUAUUUAUAC